AAUCGGGCGAGUUCAACAAUACAAAAUUACUUUUCGCAUAUCUCGCACGUUUGUCAAUAUUGUUAAAAUACAAAUAAAUAAAAACAACAUUCUUAAACAUGAAUAAGAAAAUUAAAUUACUAGCUGAAAAAUCUCCUUUAACGUAUAAAGUUCUUAAUAAGUGUUCUAAAUCAAAAGCACGUAAAGGAGUAAUGAUGUUGAGAGAAACAAAACCAGUUGAAACACCGGUCUUCAUGCCUGUUGGCACACAAGGAACAUUAAAAGGAGUACUUGUAGAUCAACUUAAAGUAGAUGACAUGAAUUGUCAAAUUAUGCUUGGAAAUACUUAUCACCUUGGACUUAGACCAGGAACUGAAAUUCUACAAAAAGCUGGCGGAUUACACAAUUUCAUGGGUUGGGAUCGAGCUUUAUUAACUGAUUCAGGAGGCUUUCAAAUGGUUUCGUUGUUGGAACUGGCUGAGAUAACUGAAGAAGGAGUUAAGUUUAAGUCACCAUUUGAUGGAUCAGAAAGCAUGUUGACACCAGAAGAAUCAAUAAAUAUUCAGAAUACAAUUGGUGCUGACAUAAUCAUGCAAUUAGAUGAUGUAGUUAAGACAACAACAACAGGACCUAGAGUUGAAGAAGCGAUGCUUAGAACCAUUAGAUGGAUUGACAGGUGUCUUGAAGCAAACAAUCGAAAUGAUGAUCAAUCGAUAUUUCCAAUCGUACAAGGAGGAUUAAAUCCCGAAUUAAGAAAACAAUGUGCAGAAGCUUUAACUGAAAGAAACGUCCGUGGUUAUGCUGUUGGUGGACUAUCGGGAGGGGAAAGUAAAAAUGAUUUUUGGAAAAUUGUGAGCUUGUCAACAGAUAAAUUACCAGCAGAUAAACCAAGAUAUCUUAUGGGAGUUGGUUUUGCAGCUGAUUUGGUUGUUUGUGUAGCACUUGGAAUUGAUAUGUUUGAUUGUGUUUUUCCGACAAGGACUGCAAGGUUUGGUUGUGCUUUAGUGCGGACUGGUCAACUUAAUUUAAAACAUAAAACGUUUGAAGUUGAUCUUUCACCAAUUGAUGAUAAAUGUAAAUGCAGCACAUGCAAAUCUUAUACCCGAGCAUUUAUCCAUGCCAUUAGUAAUGAUCUAAUGAUGUGCAGUUUGAUAACAAUACACAAUGUUUCAUUCCAACUACAACUUAUGCGUGACAUUCGCGAAGCAAUUGAGAAAGAUGAAUUUCCUGAAUUCGUUAAAACUUUCUUCGAUGAUUUAUAUCCAGACACAAAACCAGAGUGGAUUGUAGAUGCUUUGAAAAGUGUCAACAUAGAAAUUCAAUAAAAUGACACAAAAACAUUUUUCAUCUAAAAUA